CGAUCUACGCUAGCUGGUCUGCUUUUGUAGCCAUGGUGGAGGAGAUAAAGUGACACAAGGCAGGACUUAAUGAGAUGCACACAGCUUUGGGAGACAGCUGAAGUGACUGUUUUUAAAAGAGUUGAAGUCGAUUCUGCUUCAUCUUCACUCCUAUGUUCACCCAAGCCACUACUCUGCAGCUAACUGGAAACUGCUGACCUAUGCCUCAGCCACAUCUUAUUGCAAAAUAAGCAGAGCUAGGCUUCUCCACUUGUAGAUGUUGCAGUGAAAAGCUGUGGGGACAGCAGCAUCUUGUGGUAUGUUGUUUGAAUCUCCUAUCACAAAAGAAAAGGGACAAGAUGUGUUCGUGACAAGCCAGCCCCCAUAACUAAGGAUGAAGAAGUCUUUCUGCUCACUAAAGAUUUCAAGAGGCUUUCCCUCUCUCUCCUUCUUCUGAUUUCCUCUGGGAAAAAAUGCAGUGCCUUUACUUUAUCCUCAUGAUGUGCACAGCAGGCACCUCCGCUUUCAGACUCCAGCAAGUCAAAAGCACAGAAAACUGCUCAGAUCACACCGUGUUUUUCAAACACUACUAUGAACUGCAUGGAGAACCUGUGGUUCUGAAAUGCCCUUCUCCCAGAUACAAACAUUUGGAUUUUUCUGCCUUGACCCAUAACACCACAUGGUAUAAAAAUGGUUCAGAAACCAUGAUAUCAGGAAGAGACGAAGCUCCAAGAAUCUGGGCAAAAGGAGAUGAACUCUGGUUUUUACCAGCGAUGUUAGAAGACUCAGGAGUAUAUAUCUGCACAAGAAGGAACUCCUCCUACUGUGCCAAGGUCUCCAUCCACCUCACGGUUGUGGAAAACACAGCUGCUCAUGAGAUUGCCUAUCACCAGGUCCUCUUCACUUUCACCUCCGGAAAGAUUGUCUGCCCUGACCUGUGGGAUUUUACACCAAACAGAACAAGCUUGGAGCUCAAGUGGUACAAGGGUUCUCUGCCUUUGGAAGACGACAAUGAAAAAUUCGUAAUUCUGAAAGGUUCGACUUCUCUGAUCAUGACUUCUGUGUUACCAACAGACGCUGGCUACUACACCUGCAAGAUGCCAUUUCCAUUCGAAGGUGUAAUGUAUGAAAUCACCAGAACUAUUCAACUGGAGACUGCUGAACAAGAAAAGAGAAUUGCCCCAAUAAUCGUGUAUCCAACACAAAAGACAACAUCAGCUGCUCUUGGUUCCAAGAUGACUCUCCCAUGCAAAGUGUUUGUGGGACAGAGCAGCCAUGUCCACACUGACGUGGAGUGGCUGGCAAAUGACACCACUGUCGACGUGGUUUACAAGCAAAGCAGAGUUACAGAGGGGGAACGACAAGAAAUUGUAGAAAAUGGUGAAAACUUCAUUGAAGUGCCACUGAUUUUUGAUUCUGUUGAAGAAGUGGAUUUUUACACAGACUUCACAUGUGUGGCCCAGAACAUAUUUGGCUAUCAAGUUCUGCCAACGAGGGUCAAGCAGGAAGCUGUUGGCUUGUCCUGGUACAUUGCAAUGAUUCCUGUUGCACUGACUUGCAUGAUCCUGGGGGCAAUAUGCAUGCACCAGUGCUGGAAGAGGAGAGGAGAGAAAGGAUACACCACAGCAAGAGUUUAAAAUCUGCUUUAUUCUCCAUCCACCAAUAGAAAAAAAAGUAUAAUCCUGGCUGUCUUUCACAUGAGACACACAGACAUUUCAGAUCAACUGCUUUCUCAGUGGAUUGAUACAUCAGCUGUUUUUGUCUUCUCCAAGGCUCUAUGAUCUGAUGGAGUUAUCAGUUUGUAUUUUCACACUGCCUAGGUGCAGGAAGCCUUCCUCUGUUAUUUUGCAGCUAUUUGCAGCUUGCAGAAUUUUGGAACAGAAUACCACGAACAUGCCCUGGAUAUGGGAAGGAUAAGGAAAAGAAGAUGCUCUUGUUCUCUGUAAUUUCAGUAGUCUUAUUGUUUAAG